AUGGAGACUAAAGUGGAGCGUGCUGUGCAGAAAAGGCAAGUUCUAUUUCUUUGUGUUUUUCUGGGAGUGUCUUGGGCGAGUACAGAGCCGCUUCGGUACUUUGUGGCAGAGGAAACCGAGAGAGGCACCUUUCUGGCCAAUUUAGCAAAAGACCUGGGCUUUGGGGCUGAGGAACUGUCAGCCAGGGGAUCUAGAAUAUUUUCAGAUCAGAAAAUACUAUUUUUACUAUUCAAUCCGCUUACUGGUGAUUUGAUUUUAAAUGAUAAAUUAGACCGAGAGGAGCUGUGUGGCCCCACGGAGCCCUGUGUGUUGCCUUUCCAGCUACUGCUAGAAAAACCAUUUCAGAUUUUCCGUGCUGAACUAUGGGUCAGAGACAUCAAUGAUCAUUCUCCAGUUUUUCUAGAGAAAAAGAUUUCCUUGGAGAUACUAGAAAGUACCACCCCAGGAUCAACCUUUCUCCUAGAAAGUGCACAGGAUUCAGAUGUUGGAAGCAACAACCUGAAAAACUACACGAUCAGCUCCAAUGCCUAUUUUCAUAUAAAUGUUCAUGAUAGUGGAGAAGGAACUAUCUAUCCUGAACUGGUACUGGAUAGAGCCCUGGACCGGGAAAAAGUUCCUGAGCUCAGUUUGACCCUUACAGCCAUAGAUGGUGGUUCUCCACCCAGAUCUGGGACCACCCAGGUACACAUACAGGUUGUGGAUGUAAAUGACAAUGCUCCCCAAUUUGAACACUCACUUUACAAGGUGCAGGUACCUGAGAAUAGCCCCAUUGGUUCCCUAGUUAUCACUGUAUCGGCUAGAGAUUUAGAUACUGGAAGUUAUGGAGAAGUAGUCUAUGCAUUUUUUUAUGCCACUGAAAGAAUUCUCAAAACAUUCCAAAUCAAUCCGACAUCAGGCAGCCUUUAUCUUAAAGAUGAAUUGGACUAUGAGACAAUGCAAACUUACACUUUAACUAUUCAGGCCAAAGAUGGUGGAGGACUUUCUGAAAAAUGCACUGUGGUGGUUGAUGUAACAGAUAUAAAUGAUAACCCACCGGAACUACUAAUGUCUUCACUUACAAGCCCGGUUGCAGAAAACUCUCCAGAGAGCAUUGUAGCUGUCUUUAGGAUUAGAGACAGGGAUUCAGGAAACAACGCAAAGAUGGAAUGCACCAUUCAAGAUGACCUUCCCUUCGUUCUGAAGCAAUCUGUAGAGAACUACUUCACACUGGAAACGGAGAGACCACUGGACAGAGAGAGCCAGGCAGAGUACAACAUCACCAUCACGGUGACAGACAUGGGCAUCCCCAGGAUGCAAACACAGCACACCAUCACAGUGCUGGUGUCAGACGUGAACGACAACGCCCCCGCCUUCAGCCAGCCCUCCUACACCCUGCUGGUGGGCGAGAACAACAGCCCCGCCCUGCACAUUGGAAGCGUGAGCGCCACCGACCCCGACGAGGGCAGCAACGCCCAGGUCACCUACUCGCUGCUGCCGCCCCAAGACCCGCAGCUGCCGCUCGCCUCGCUGGUGUCCAUCAACACCAACAACGGGCAGCUGUUCGCGCUGCGCUCGCUGGACUUCGAGGCCGUGCGCGCCUUCGAGUUCGGCGUGGGCGCGAGGGACCGCGGCUCGCCCGCGCUCGGCAGCCAGGCGCGCGUGCGCGUGCUGGUGCUGGACCGCAACGACAACGCGCCCUUCGUGCUGUACCCGCUGCAGAACGCGUCGGCGCCCUGCAGCGAGCUGGUGCCCAGGGCGGCUGAGGCGGGCUACCUGGUGACCAAGGUGGUGGCGGUGGACGGCGACUCGGGCCAGAACGCCUGGCUGUCGUUCCAGCUGCUCAAGGCCACGGAGCCCGGGCUCUUCAGCGUGUGGGCGCACAAUGGCGAGGUGCGCACUGCGCGGCCGCUCAGCGAGCGCGACGCGCCCAAGCACAGGCUGCUGGUGCUGGUCAAGGACAAUGGCGAGCCGCCGCUGUCGGCCAGCGUCACGCUGCACGUGCUGCUGGUGGACGGCUUCUCGCAGCCCUUCCUGCCGCUGCCCGACGCGCCUGCCGACGCGCCUGCGGACGACCGCCUCACCGUCUACCUGGUGGUGGCCUUGGCCUGCGUGUCGUCGCUCUUCCUCUUCUCCGUGCUGGCCUUCGUGGCUGUGCGCCUGUGCAGGCGGCCCGGCCCUUCCGCGGGGGGGCCGUACCCGCUGCCCGACGCGCACUUCCCGGGACACCUGCUGGACGUCAGUGGCGCUGGGACCCUGUCGCACAGCUACCAGUAUGAGGUGUGUCUGGCUGGGGGCGCUGGCACCAAUGAGUUCAAGUUCCUCAAGCCCAUUGUCCCUAAUGUGCAGUCCCAGAGCACAGGAAGGGAAGUGGGAGAAUACCCUUCAAUUGGGAAUGAUAUGGGUUUCUGAUAGAGAAUGAGAGAAAUAAAUGUUGGUGUUGUGUCUG